AUGUCGCUGUGUUUGGCUGUCAAGCUAUUUUCUCAUCGUAAUGUGCCGUUCUGGCGCAUAUGUGUGUACCCCACCAUGGAGUCGGACCAGAGCUACAGCGGUGACAGCAACAGCUCAUCGGGCAGUUCCAGCGACAGUUCCGACGGCGAGGAGGAGGUCCUGGAGCCCGUGCGCAUCCUCGGACACACGCUCGAGCUGCCCCAGGACCUCUGCGAGGACUACGGAGUCUUCAAAGAAUUCUUCUCCAUGAAAACCUGGGAGGCCCUAGAUGACAAACACAGGGAACACCUGAAAGCUUUUCUACCAAAAUUUCCCGACAACCAAGAGGAAGAACAAGAGAAAACAUUGAAAAUGCUGUUCAACCGGGAACCCUUCCACUUCACAUCUCCACUCAAUGACUUCUACAACAACUUGAGGCAAGGCAACUACAGGCCAGAUAUAGCUAAAAUGAAAAAGUUUCUACUGAAGGCUAGAGCUAAGCAGCAGAGGCAUAAGAUAAAAUCUUAUUAUGCCAAACUGCUCCCAGAGCUGUUAAUAUCAAGAGAGCGAUUGUUGGCGGUGGCCCGGGCAGCUCCGCCGGGCCCUGUCCCUGGCCUCCCACCAUUACCUCCAAAACCCUCUACUAAAAACAACUACAGGCCUCCUCAUGUAAGAGCAAGACAGAGGUACUUUGAAGAGCUGGCGGCUAUCCGAGGAGAGGUUGGGGGUGAUGUGUCUGAUGAUGAGAAUUAUCCAGAAGGUCCUCCGAGCCAGCCCGGACGGAAGAGGAGCCGGCCAUCUGCUGCUCAUCCACUGCAGGGUGCAGAUGGUAACAUUUCUGGAACUCUAGGAGGUCAUGACUCGUCAUCUCUGAACUCUAUGGAGUGUUUGAAGAAUGUUCUGGCAGCCCACAGAGCUAGGAGACAGUUUAGAGAGAAUCAUCCAGAGCUCAACACGGCAGGCAUAACAUUAGACGACAUAAAGCAAAGAGUUGCUUUAGUAAAUGGUACAAAGAAACUCAUGUUUGGAGGACAGAAAUCUGACACCCCAACACAGAAAGUAAGGCGAGCGCCAAAGAAAGAAAACACAAAAUCUAAAGCAGACCCAAAGACCACUAAGAUCAAGGAAGAAAUAGAAACUGUAGAGAAUAAGCCACUACUGCCAAAUAUUAAGAUUAAAUGUGAGCAAGAGGAAUCUGAUUCGGAAAGCUCGUCGUUUGUUGAUCCGGUGACAAGCCCUCCACCUAAAAGAUCUAAAUCACCAGAAGUAGAAAUCAAGCAAGAAGUGGUUGAUAUCAAAUAUCCAGACAACACAAAUAUCAAGUAUGUGGAUCGCAAGGUGGACACUGCCAUCAAACAAGAGCCUCAGGAUAAUGGCCCUAAUUCGAAACACAUACAAGCUGUGCCUAUCAAAUUGGAAGACUUGGAUGGAAUUGACAUGAUGGCGCUACCAGUGGAGCUAGCCGACGAAUCAGGGGACGUGAUGGCGGCGGCCAACCAAUCAGCGGACACGGACGAGUCGCUCACUGAGACGACAUACGCCAACUUCCUCAGCCUAGUUCGUGCCUUGUUCCCGGCUCGCGCGGCGCAUAGAGCGUCUAAAGCUCAGUUGAGGGCGAGGUGUCGCGCUGUGCUGAGGUCGCCGAUUGCGCCGCUGAAUACUUGGUAUAGUUUGUCGAAUGACUGGUGCAUAGAGCUGGACUCGGCGCUGGACUUCCUGGCGGGCGAGCGCGGGCCGCACCCCGACGACUUCGUGCCCUAUCUGCAGUUCAUACCUGAAACACAGAUGUACCAGUGGAUAGGCGCGGGGCGCGACUGCGACGCGAUCCUGGGCCGGCUGUGCGAGCGCUGGCUGCGCGCUGUGUCGCCGCAGCCGCUCACUACCAACCUGCCCGCUCCCAGAUACCCGACGACGCGGUCAGUGCGUGCGCCGUCGGCGGCCGAGGUGGCGGAGUUCCGCGCGCAGGAGCGCCGCCGGUUCAGCGCCGCCGGCAAGCCCUUCACCUACUCGCAGCUCGGCUACCGCUCCGUAGUGGGCCCGUGCGCGCGCGCCCCCGCCGCCCCCAGCGCGCACGCCGGCCUACUGGCGACCCCGCGCCCGCGCCCCGCCUCCUUCCCCGCGCUGCUCCGCGACGCCCUGGCGCGCCUGCCCAACGGACAGGGCACGCGCCACGACAUACUCACGCUGCUCAAGAUGUCACAAUACAUAAGUGCGACGAACGACCAAGUGCUCCUGAACGCCGUGUCCUCAGCGCUAGACCGCAUGCACUCGGCCAAGCGGGACCCCGUGGUCAAGUACGACCAGAGAUCCGCCAUAUGGACGUAUCUGCAUCGGGAUAGGAGCGAAGAGGAAUGGCUGAAGGCGACCAACCGUCGCGCCAGCAAGACGCCCCCGGCCAAGUCUGCGCCCCCCGCCCCCACUGGCACCGCCCCUGCAGUCACCGCCCCCGCGCCGCGCGAGCCGCCGCCCCCGCUCGCGCUGCCAGGGUCGCCGCCGCCGCCAGAUAUGGACAUGGACGUGGCGGUGGAGGAGGUGAUCGAGUCGCGCGACGCGUCCGACAGCGACGUGGACGUGGACGACAGCGGCGACGCGCCCCCGCACCUCUCCUCCGCACAACUACUGAGGCAGGCCACGCUCGCCACGCAACUCACACACGCCACGCAAGUCGUGCAACACGCCACGCAACUCGUGCAAAACAAGCCGAAAGGAAAGCUCGUGCCCGCCCCCAAGAAACCACCGCCCACGCCGCCGCCGAUAAAGCAGAAUGUAACGCCUAAAGCACAGCAGAAACCUAAAGUUCCUACCACCCCGACUACUAAUGCUACGCUUAAACAAAAUACUCCUACGCCGAAGGUAAAUACACAGUCCCCGAAGCAGAAAGUUAGUCCAGUCCAGAAACAGAAUCUCCAAUCGCCUAAGCACACGGCUAAAGCCAAUGCGCAAGCGAAGCCAAUUCAAGCGGUGAAGCCGGCUGUAGUGCAGAACAAACCUCCGCCAGUCAAGGCGAAUACGCCAACGCCGGCUCCGAAGCAAACACAGCCGGUUCCAGCCAAGCCGCAGCCGCCGAAGCCAGCCCAAGCCGCCGCCAAGACAGCUCAAGCCAGCAAGCCAGUGGCCCAGCCAGUGCCAGCCAAGCCCGCGCCAGCCCCGGUGGCUCCGCCCAAGUGUUCUCCGCUGCCCGCCGCCGCGCCGCCGCGGUCGCCGCUCAUCAAGCAACGACCGCUGCUCAAAACUGCCGACCAGAUCAAGGUUGAACCGGUGAUGGCAGUCCCCACUGCAAUAAAACAAGAAGUGGUGUCAACGCCGUCGCCGCUGCCCGCCCCGCCAGCCCCCACCCCCGUCUCCAUACAACAACAAAUACAGAAUAAGUUGGCGCAAGCGUCUCAAGGCACGCGCUCACUGCUGAUCCGACCGCCCGCCGUCGCCGCCGUGGUAUCCACAGCGGCCGCGGCUACUGCCACUCCACAGGGUGUGGCGAGCGCGCGGCGCGGCGUGGUGCGCGUGCUGAGCCCGGCCGCGCCCGCCGCCGGCAAGUCGCUCAUCUCACCCAGAGCACUGCUCACGCAGGGCAACACACCGGUGGCGAAGAAACGUGCGCCCACGCAAGUCGCUUCUUCUGUUGCUGCGGUCUCGCAGAGCACGAUAGUGGCGAUAUCGACCGCGGCGUCCCCCGCGCCGGCGCGCACGGUGCAGCUCGGGGCUCGCACCGUCCAGCUCGCGCCGCAGACGGUGACCCUCCCCGCCGGGGGGCAGCUGUCGGCCCUGCAGCUCUCCGCCCUACAACUUGCCCAGAGCGUGCGAUUACCCAGCGGCCAGACCGUGCAGCUCGCCCACCCUCGCGCCCCCCACCCCGCCCCAAGACCCAAGCUCGCCGGACAAACCGUACAAAUAGCCGGCCAGAGCGUGCAACUCACAGGACACACGGUCAAACUACCCAGCGGGCAGAGCGUGCAAGUCGCCGGACAAAGUGUGCAGUUGCCGAGCGGGCAAACAGUGCAAUUGGCGGGACAGAAUAUACAAACAGUGCAAUUGGGACAGAAUGUGUUGACGAACGCGCAAAGUGGGCAAAGUGUGCAAAGUGUUCAGUUAGGCGCGCAAACAGUACAAAUAGGUGGGCAGACUGUGCAGUUGGCUGGCGGGCAAACAGUGCAGUUGCCCAGCGGGCAGACGCUCCAGUUGCCUAGCGGGCAAACCGUGCAGUUGUCCAGCGGGCAGACCAUACAGUUGUCUGGGCAGACCGUGCAAAUCGCGAGCCAGGCGCAGGCGCAGAAGGCUGUGACGCAACACUUGGUGAGGACUCAGGCGCCAAGCGAUAAGACUGCUCAGCCUAUUGUGGCUAAAUUACUUACAAACGCACAGGGUCAAAUGAUAUCACUAGAAGGAAUGAUGAGCGGCGCGCGAACGCUGCAACUGUCAAACGUGCGGCCUCAGGGGCAGAAGACUCUACAAGCGGUGCAGGGCAUAGGCGGAGUGAGGGUGGUCCAGGCCGGGGCCCGGAUGACCAGGCCACUCAUACUCACUGCGGCUAAGCCACUGCAUAAUAUUAUACUGCAGCAAGAUGGCAACGCGAUAAGAGUUACAUCUAGUGGUGGAUCGAGUUCAACGCAGGCUAUUGUGCUUAGUAAUAUUGGUUCCCAAACAGUCACGACUCCUACAAACACUACGCCAGUUCUCAAACUGCAACAGGUGAGUGCGUUACAACAAGUAAAACUACCGCAGGGGAUUAAAAUACAACAGGGAGGGUCAGCAGUGUCGGUGCCGACGUCGGGCGGCGCGGUGCGGAGCGUGCUGAUGGACGGUCAGCAACUGAAGCUGGUCGGAGGCAGGCACGUGCUAGCGCGGCUGUUGAGGCCCAACCUACCGCCGCAGUAACGUAUGCUGUUACACGUUUAUGAAAAUUUCGGUGAUUUUGUAAUACAUAUAAUAAUAUACUUAUAUAGGUAUAUUUUGUAUGCUGAAGCUGAUAGAGUUGUAUGUGGCGCUGGGCGGUACGCAUGAUGUAAAUGAAAUGGUGAUAUUGUCAAGCCCGGCACUUAUGUAUUUAACUUGUUUUUCACAGCAAAGUACGUACCAUUUUCCAGUCCUAAUUGAUACAUUUGAUAUAGUGAAAAGCAUUUUAUUGCUGCUGGAAUUAGGACUAAUAUCAACUGCAAUGCUAUGAACACUUUAGACCAGUUGAAAACCGAUUUGUUCGUCCACGGUGUCAUGUUAAACUGAAGUC